CUAGAGGACAAGCAUUCAAAAUGGUCCUUCGUCAGUGCUUGGCUUGUAAUUCAAUGGUAAGUCUGAAACGUUAUCUUUUAAUACUAUAUUGUAAUAUCAGCGAAAUUUUGCCAAUCUAUUGUUUCUCAUCCUGGAUUGAUCAAAUUUAAUCAAUAUUCAAUCAUUGCUUGUUUGAUAAAAACGGCUAUAUUUCGUCACACAACAUGAAUAGUGCUGCCUUAAUGAGCGUAUAUUCAUGAUUUUGACGAGAAAUUAAUUUGGUUGUGGAAUCGAUUUAUUUUUAUGAUUAACUGCGUUAAAGUUUAUGGAACUAAAAGCAGUUCGAUUAACGUUCGUAAAGGCCAGUUUGCAUUUAUAGAGAUAUAGCAGUGAACCGGCGCUGUAUUCUCACUACAGUAGAACUAAAUCUCAUAGUAUCAGAUAAUCUGACUAGUUCUUCAUUCAACCAACUCACCAAAAUUACCACACCUGUAGAAAAGGGAAACUGAAGCAGCUUGAUUUUUUUUUUCAGUAAGAAACCUAUUUUUGCGGCCAGGCUUGCACUUCCUAUUGAGGCUUAUUGUAUCCUGUUUUGACUAUCGAGUAUCCUAGUUUAAGGGUCGUCCAAUUGACAUUGUCCAAUGUUGCAUAUCAUGCCGUGCAGAGAGCCACUGUAUUUUCCUGCAAAAAGGCUGCAAAUAUUCUACCUUUACUGUCCAAAUAAAAUAAGAUAUUGUAUUUACAUUUUGGACAUACUAAGAAGCAAUUCCAUUCCACAGUCAAACUGAUCGGUUUCCGCAUUCCUUCUCAGUACCAUAUAAAGAAAUGAACCUCGCUACGAUCCUUUACUUUCACUUCCGUGUCCAUCACUUCCGGUAUAACUCUUGAACCUUUAAUAUUACGAUUAUUAUGAUUUUCUUGAUUUAAAAGCCGAGUUGUCUCAGUAAAUUUAUAAUUAUUAUUUUUAUUGCAAUUAUGUCCAUUCCUUGUAGACUCAGGCAAGAUGUUCGUUCUGGUUAAUAGUCCUCGGGAGCGGGUUGUAACAGUCACCACGGGUCUCAGGUCUCUCUUUUCUUACAGGGACAGUACUUUCCUUAGUAUCUUUGCUGUCCCCAACAAUACUGUUUUCUUAUUCUUAUUCUUAUUAUUGUUAUUAUUUUCAUUGAAUUUUUCCAGUGGAAAUGAAGUAAUUAUCCAACUACAAUCAACUAAGGAAGUUAUAAAUGGCAAUUUUAUCCGGUGUACAAUUCGUUUCAGUUUGCAUGCACAUCCGGGUAGCAAUCGCGGAAGUCGGUUACAUUACUGACCAUGGCAUGGUAAAUGCAAUCUUAAUCUCUUCUCCCCAGAUGACGGAAUCUUGCCGAUCAUGCCAAUGCGGUCACGUAUUUGAGGACACUAAACAAAUUGCUGGAAGAAGAUUCUCAGGUAUGAAUUCGGUAUCUUUCCCACAGUAGUAAGAACCGGCGGUUUCAGAAAUGAAAUUCGUGAGUGCUAAUUGGCAUCGUCUUCAUUUGUUUCAUUUCAUCUCCUACCUCAAGAAUCUUUUGAUAUCGUUUCGUUCAAAGUUCACUCAUAGCAAUUUGAUACACCGCUAGCUUUACUGACGAGAAACUCACUUAUGAGAAACAAAACAAGGAGCUGUGAGGCUAGCUCACAAAAACAUCCGCUAGGGAAGUUUCGCCCAGAGAAUCUCUAUUGGCGAGGUCCCGCCAUCUAUCCUUGCUCCUGGCCGCUAGGGACGUUUCGCCAGUAGAGUCUCUAUUGGGGAAACGUCCCGCCAUCUCUCCUUGCUCCUCGCCGCUAGGGACGUUUCGCCAGGAGAGUCUCUGUUGGCAAAACGUCCCUAACAGCGAGGGGCAAGAAGAGGUGGCUAUUUUUUCAGGCUACUGUGAGGCCGAACAACGCGAAACCCUCACCAGUAGAGAGUUGGGAAGUCUAAGAAAAUAGUAACCGCUUUGGGUGUUGAGCCACAAAGAGGAGUGAGGAAGUGAGUAGUUCAGGGAGAGUAUCAGAGAGUAUGCCGUUUUUGGUAUAUUUGUAGAGCCAGUCCACGUCGUCUUCUUCGACAGAGGAACUUUUUCAGCGGCCUAUUCGUCUAGAUAAGCAUUAAGCACUAAUUUAUUUAAUUGCCUGGCCUAAUUUAAUUCUGUAUUUUCAGAGUACCGUGCUGAGCUGUACACACGUCUGGAAGACAGAAGAGAAAAGCAACUGACUAAGCAAACGCGGAAAGCAACCAAACAAGAAUCUGUGCCACAGCCAUUAAAAGAACGUAAGGUAUUGGUGGAGACAACCAGUGUAGUAAGGCCAACGCGAAACAAAAAUAAUCAGAGACGUCUUGACAAAGUGAACUUAUCUCUGAAAGAAGACUCCCACGUAGACUAUUCAAAAGUUACAUGUAUGUUGCUUGGACUGAAUUAGAACUAAAACAACCAGAUGAGAAUUUGGUUUACAGUAAAAGACCACUGACAAUAGUUUCGCACAUCGUUGUUCACAUUGUUUCAUCAGGCUAUCUGACACGAUCAAUAUUUUAACUCAUGUUCUAUUUUCCUUUUCCACUGUAGAACAACACUGAAGAACUUGCCAUUGUUCCUCCACGUUUCAGUAACCACAAGAACCAUUCGCUUGGCUCUAAACUGCCCCAUCGCAAAAUAAAAACCAAACGGAUUCGUCGGACAGCGGUAAAACCAUCACCUCGCUCAGCUGUUGUGCCAUCAGGACUGGUUUCUAGGCUUCCCAGUGCUCUACAGGAAAUCAACCGCAGAUUAAUAGGACAGAAUAUGAUGUGGUGGAUGUUGCAGUUACAAUAAGAUGAAAGGGAUGGGGCCUGGGGUCCCCACCUUAUUUAUAGGUCAAAUUGAGGCCCGUAUUGCCCCCUGUUAUCUUAGGACUUGAUUAGCGAGGUCCCCACUUACUUAAUUAAUAAUAAUUUAUAAUAAUUUAUGAACUUAUUGUGCGUAGCUUAAAAUGAGAAUGAUCAGCUGCGCAUUACAAAGACAUUACUUUACAAGAAACAAAUAAAAGAUAAUGCAUUUUAAAAAAAAUAAUAAAAAUAACAAUAAAAAGAAUACAUAUGGAUGCAAGUAAGAACUGAAUAUAAAAUUGCUCACCAAUAUAAAGUUCUAAAAAGAUAAGUCUUAAUAUGCGCCUUAAAACUGUUCACAUUAGUAAUCGCACGAAGUUCUUUUGGAAGAGAGUUCCAGAGCGUUGGUGCUGCUACCAUAAAAGCUCUAUCACCUAACGUCUUUGAUCGAACAGCUGGCAUAGAAAGUAAAAUACAACCUGAAGAUCUAAGGUAAUAUAACGACGAUUUAAAUGUUAGUAAAUAAACCGCGUAGAUAUUUAGGAGCAAGGCCGUGAAUUGCUUUGAACGUGAUCAGAAUCCACCAAAGGCUGUUAACAAGCAGGAAAUCCAUUGCCUCGAACGGCUCCAUAAAUCCCAUGGGAGUAUGGCCGAACGCGCGCGCCGUGAUGUUGAUGAGGACACGAAACCUAGGACACAUUUACAGAGGGUGCCCAAUAGGGUUCUUUAAUCCUGUAAUCCCGACCGGAAAUUUCGUGCAAUCCCGUAAUUCCGUAAUCCUGAGGGUUAUUUUUGGUAUCCCACCUCCCGCGCAUACUUUCAAUCCCGAAUCUCGCCCGGAUUUGCUUUAAAAUCCCGAAUCCCGAGCUUCUAAUAAGGGAAAUCCCGGAUCCCGAAAAACCUAUUGGGGACCCUUUUUAUACCGUAUAAAAAUUAAAAGGUGAAAACGGGAAAAACCAAAAAACCCAAUCAAAAACCGGUCAGCCAAUGGAAUCGAUAUAGUUUCCAAACGAAAUAAUCGAGUACUAUAUUUUCCCGGAGCCCAUGGGUUCUGUGACUUUCUAGUUAAACACAGUAAAGAAACAACUUUCAAAGCGAAUGAAAGAAUUGAUCGCGUCCCGUCUUUCAUGGAACGAUUAUAACAAGUAAACCGAAGAAAAGUUUAACCUGCCGUUUUUGUACUUUCCCGAAAGCGGCCUACUGCAUUAAAAGAAGCAAUUUUGGAAAAAUAAAAAAUUAUGUAAUAAACAAAAUUUGUGUCUAGUAUGAUUAGAGAUGACGUCGCCUAGAUACUGCACUUUGCUCUGCAGGCAUUGAACCGAGUCGUCAAAACCAAUCCUGGCAUCACUUAUAAUAAGAUGACUCUUUUACAUCCCCAUUUCACAAGUUUGCACUCAAAACUUAAUAAUUUUAUCUUUCUCAACUGAACAGUCAACUAGUAAAUAUAUCAUCUCAUGCCAAAUUUAACGGGAAAAACACUUACGUUAAACUUUCGAUAUCACUGAUAAGUACGCAAGUCAUGUGGAAUGAGGAAUUUCAAGUCAGCUCAAGCCUUGCAGCAAAUUCUUUUUAAGUUACCAACAGAGACUAAGCGGAAGAAACCUCACUCAUUGGUAAAUGGUUUAUAUUUACAGAACGUGCAAUAUGCCUGGUAGUUAUUUUAAACUCCUCGGGAUUGCUAAAUUUAAAUGAAUAAAGGAAGAAAAAAAAACAAACACUGGAAUUUAUAGUGGUUUGACGUCCAAGGAUUAAAAGGUACUUUGAAUUUUAAGAGGAAGUCCUAGUUGAUACUUGCGGUCGUUGUCUGCAGAUGUGCAAAACUAUAAGAUCAACACUAUUUUUGCGAUUAUCCAGGCGAGGGAAAUUACAGUGACUCGCCACGGUCAUCAAGAGAAAAAGGGCAAGACCUCACAGAAAAUAAGAGGAAUGAUAAGGCGGUGGAUUUUUUUUAAUUUCCUGGCGUUAUGAUGUCAACACUAUAUUUGUUGUUCUGACUGGGUGAUAAGACGUAACACUGCUUCCCACAAAACUCAACUACUCUAACUAUGUGCAAUAUCUAAAGUAAUUCAAGUGAAAAUUCCGGGUGUACUCCCUUUUAUAAGCCAUAUACUAGGUAUAUCUGCCCCAAAAGGAAGGGUUCCGUUUGGGUCUGACAACAGGUGUGGACUUUGCCAAUUUUGGUCUGGAAUCGGGUAUGGUUUUCGAGGUAACUAAGGGAGUGUAAGAACGUAUUUGUCGAUUCAAUUCUAAAUGAAUAAGAAAGAAAGAGUAAAAUUAGAAUUCAAAAUAGAUUUUAAGCUAUCGUUUUGUUGGCGUUGUAGUCUAAAUAAUGACGACAUAAUUUCCUCCUAUAUAAACAUGUACGGUACUGUUUUGUGAGCUAUUACCGGUCUGAAAAGGGAUAGUAGAUUUUACAUGCCAGGUCUGAACACAGGCGUGGAAAUGACAAAAUUUUUGGUCUGAAAUGGGGUCAGGAUUUGGGAAACUGGGCAGCACACCCCCACCAAGAAUUCCAAGGAGUAUUCCCCCGGGUUGAAAAUACGCGGACAUCAUUAAUUCGCAUCACGAGGCUUGCAGAUAUCCACUUCGUCAUCGGUAUUUCUGUCACUUUGGAAUGAAAGUUCCGGUCAAUGUUCGUUCACUCUGCAAAGAACUUAUAGAAUGAGAGUUGUGUCUGGAAAAGGGAGGUCCAUUACCUAUAGCUAUUUAUCCACAACAAUCUGCUUUUUUCAACAUAGUCAAGUAGAGCUAUGAUAAUCACUGACUCUGAAACAACGAAUACUGAAAACAAACAAACUAAUUGGCCUUUUAUAGAACAAUCUCUGUCAGAACGUAAUGAAUGGCAAUAAAACAUUUUGAUUACUUCAGGUAGAUUACAUCUUGGUAAAAAAAAAAAAGAAGAAAGAAAAGAAAACAUAUAUCUUAAAUAUGCUUCAACUCUGACUACAGCUGAGUUAAUAUCCAUCUCAUCAGUACAAGGCAUGAAACAAGUAAUUGGACCACUGACGGUUAGUCUGGUUAGUCGAUCCUAGCCGCCUAUAACAGUGCUAAUAUUUACCUAUGAAUAUUUCAAUUUUAAGGUAGGGUUUGGAUAGUAAUUCUUCAUAUCCCUUGCUGCUUUUCAAAAUCAAAAUAACUGAUUUCUUUUUCUUUCGCUUUACAGCAAAAUUAUUAAAAAAUUCGAGCGAUCAUACGUCUUGCAACAUCAAGUCCCCAUGUUCCCCCGCGCUCAAACUUUUUAACACGUGACGUCACACAUCACCGACGCAAAAUAAUACACGGUUUGUGGCACGAAGUAUUCAUAUGUAUUCUAGGAAUAGGACCUGUCUCUUCACCGUCUCUUCGACUCAAGCAGCUUGCCAGAAGUUCAAAAUGGUUUAUCGUAUGUGCUUUGCUUGUAAUUCCAUCAUGGUAAGUUUGAAAUCAGUUGCCUGUUAUUUCGUUUGAAGAUUCUUAUGUUUAAAUGCUGCCCCAGCUCAGAUAAUUAGUGAUAUUCAAAUUUUCUUUAUUAAUUAUAUUAAUUUUCAUUUUAACGGCUCCAUUUCGUCACACAACAACCUGGCUCAUGCAAAAGGCGCAACUUCUGUAUUUACUUAGUUUCGUCGUUUAAAUGGCAAAUUGCCUUUAAAUUUUUCGAGCUGGAAGUGGGUCGAUCGCACAGCGUUUGCAACAAAGACCAUGAAGCGCGCGCAAUUUACUGGUAAUGCAUACCGAUAGACUACAUUUGUAAUGAAACGGAAAACGAAAUAUCAGUAAAAUUUGAAGGUCGGUGUCUUGUGUAGUACUACGAGAUGAUAGAAUUCCUUGCUACAAAAUUAACACCUUCCUUAAUUUAUACCUCAAAUUAUUUGUAUUUCAUCAGACAUGAAUCAUAAGAAUCCAACUUAUUUCCUGACAAUCAACUGUAGGGUCCAGUGAGAAGGAAAUGAACCACCUUUGACCACCCUUCACAUGUAUAUCCGCAUGUAACAUUUCCCGUUUCAUCAGACAAUCUUCUCAGUGCUUCCUUUUUUGAAAGUCAAAUUUAAUUUUGAUGUUCGAUAAAUAAUAUAUUCAUUUUAGUGUUUUUUUUUUCCUUAUCAGUUUUCUUUCUCAGUUUUCUUGGAAAUUAUGUCAUCUGUAGACUGAUUUGCCGCUACCCGAGCCCACUCAGCCGUCAAGGAAGUUCCAACUUAUCGGGCGACUUAUCAACGAAAAAGGUUUGAAUUCCAUUUAAGCUCCUCUCAGUUUGGCAAUUUAUGCUCCUCUAUUGGGAUUUUUUGUUUUUCUUUUUUUAAAAAUGGCUAUAUUAGCCUAAAGACGUUUGCUUUUGCCAUCGUUUUCUUCGGAAACGUACCGUUAGAACUUCCUUACGGCCGCGGGGCCAGCAGAUCCAUGCGCAUUGAAAACCCAUCAUGGGGCUAAAAAUGUGUACAAAUCUGCCCCAAGAGUAAAACUGCAAGGAAUCACGCCGGCGCUAUCAUGCCAAACCCUGCCCGGUGUAGUCUGUACCUUAGUGGUCAUACCGCGGUAUUUGGAGGUGUGUGCUUCUUGCAGCCAUGGUCCCAAUUAAUAGUUCAAACGAUGGAUAACGCUAGGACACCAACUGCGCUCAGUUUUAUCCAGUGGAUAGUGUUAUCCACUUUCGAACAACAAAUGCCCGACCCUAGAGACGGGGCAGGUACUACGUAGUCUCCUUGAAACUAAAAGGCUACGAAUCGCAAAUCCAGCGAGCGAGUACAUAUAGUUUACCUCAUAGAAAGUGCGGCGUACGGGGUUAUAUUCACGAGUUGUUUGUCUCAAAACCCGAACGACUAAGGUACGAGCACUUUCACUUUCUAUGACCUGGACUGUUUAUUACAAAUAUCACGAGAAUUUUCACUGGAAUAGUUUUCUUAACGUAACAAAUAUUACUAAGAGCAAAUCCGCACAAAUAGUAGAACCACAUGCAAAUUUAAUAACACUGAAGGGCAAAUCUCGCAGCACAUCCCACGUCAUGCUGAACGGACUAACAUAAAACGCACGUACAAAAGGUUAAUCUACUAAUCACGCUACAAAAGACAGACCUCAGCGAUGUGGGGUCGUAUCAUUGUCUCCUUCUUUCUUUCGAACUUGAAGUAGAAAAUUGGCGAUUAACACGUCGAGAUCUCUUGCAUCAAUAUUUUCCAUCUCUCUCGAUUGCUCGUUCCUUGAAACUAAAAACUUUUUUUAACAACGAACUCUGUGUUUUGCUUAAUGUGUUGUUGUUUUCUUUGAAUGCAAACGAUCAACGACUCUGAUUUGCUCCAAGGUAUUUACGCUGUCGUUGAUUGGUUAUACUUCCACAUGUGAAAAAAGCUGUGCGCCAUUCUGAUCGAGCUUGAUCGGCUGUAGAAGCUUUUCUGACAUGUGAAAAAAAAGCGUAUAGAUUUGCACAAAUAAGCUUUACGAAAUAAAAUUCUCGUGAUACGUGUAAUAAAGUAAAUGACGAAACAGUUCUUAUAGUACUUUAACCCACUUGAAACUCAACAGCUACAGAGUGCGUAAUCGUGAAUAAUCAAAUAGUGUAUGAAUGAACCGGUUUCCCGAUGCUUUGGUCGGACCCGAAAGAAGGAGGUCUUGACAGCGUGCAAAAAUCUUACCAAGACGAGAAAAUGUACUAUUGUUUCAAAAGUGUCACAGAUAUACGGAUAAUCCUUCCAGUGGCAAUCUUUGCAAAUAAAGACUUUUUCUCUUGCUUACAAGUUUUUGUACUGAUUCUAUAAUGACUUCAAGCUGUGGGAAUUUAAGAAAUACAUUAUCUUAUUUCCCUGACUGAGAUGACGGAGUUCACGGAUAAAUCAACGAUUUUCCCUCUGAAAAUAACCAAUAUGACUCUCGACCUGAAGUCAUUUAUCGUACUGCUCGGUAUUGCAGUGAAUCACUCAAGAACAUGAUGUAACCUGUGAAGACGUUUUUUGUUGCUCGGCUUAUAGAGGAGAUGACCACACUCUCAUUCAAGAGAGGUUUAGUUAUGUCCUCUUGACUAGGCUUUAAAAAGUGAGACAAGACACGUUCUGCAAGGCAAUCACGCCACCCAUGAAAGAUGACAAAGACUUUUAUUAACGACAAGAGUUGUGCCAGCAGAUGAAAAUUCGCUCAUAAAUUCAUCCUGCCAUGUUAUUGCGUGUGCUGGCUGAGACAAGGGGGUUAUCGCCGAGUCAUGCACACUUUGAAAAACUGCGUUUCCAGCAAAAUAUGAACGCUCAGUCAGCAAAAAACAAGGACAAUUAAUGAGUAAGUGUGGGAAGGCUGCCAAUGCCAAUCAAUUACCCACUGCCACGAAUCAACACCGCUGUGGGACAGGACAAAGCAAGAACAAACGUUCAAAAACAAAAUAUGCCAGCAUGAAAGCCUUUUCCCCUUGAAAUUAAGUGGCAAUGUGAGUCGUGUUAUUCUUGCUUUUCUGAAAACCUCUAUCAGUAACAACCUAAACGAUCUAAGGUAGCAUUCUGUUCCAGUUACGACAAACUGCCGCAAGCUCCUCAAACAAGGAAGACGAGUUGACCCAAAACUAGUCAAACCAGUUUAUAGCUAAAUCAAAUUUCUAACGAUUACAUGUUCUAAAAAAAGCUCACGAAGCUUUUUUUUUUUUUUUUUUUUAGAAAUUCUUUAUGAUCUUCCCGUAAAUGAAAAUUGUUUUCAUAAAUCCGAAUAGAGUUUUCUUUUUUUCGCAUCAAACAUCUAUUUCGAGAAAAGUUUUCGUUUUGGCCACGCAUCGUGACGCCUGAAUUUUUUAAAACUGUUUGACGGGUGACGUCAUCAUCGCCAACACAAAACCGGCUUGUGGCGUAUUAUAUCAAUUGCGCAAAAGUCUAUCACCCCCAUUUCAGAUUAGCAGUUGUCGUUCAAAGACCGUAUUUCUCCAACGCUUAUAUAUUCAAAAUGGUACUUCGACAGUGCUUAGCGUGCAAUGCCAUGGUAAGUUUUAAAAAUGACCUUAUGAUUUCACUGAAGAUAGCAAUAUUACUGCAUACAGAGGAGUUUAUUUCGAGAAGGCAAAAUUCAAAUUUAUCUUUGUCCGUUGAUAAAAUUAAUUUCCAUAUUAACGUUCUAUUCCGUCACACAACGACGAGAAGAGCAACUUGAUUAGUUUUGGUCAUGUUGACAACAACUUGCUUCCUGUGGAUCGUUGUCUAAAUUACAAAUUCGCAAAAAUUUAUCGACUUAUUGAACCUGCAGUUAAAUCUCAAGUAUUUCACGGUAGUUUUAUACGCUUGCCAAGCACGCGUUGGCGACCCAAGGCAGGUCAAGGCGGGCUCUCGAAACUAUUGUACACUCACAUUCUAGUUCAAGUAACGUAAGCUUACAUAAAUUGAGACUAAGGGGGUUGCCUAUAUUUUGUCGAACACAAUUUCCAAGAUCUGCACUAAGAACGUUGUUUUCGGAGCAAGCCCUAGAAACCCUCUCCCUUUUGUCAUUUUGCGCCCUCUCACAACCUGAUGUAAAAAAAUCAACAAAUCUGCUGGGUCAGGUUCUCUAAAACCCUAAAUACAUUAGCGGAUUUGUAUCUUACUUGUUUUAAGGGAUUCAGCCGUUUUAUCAUUUGAUUGGCAACUUGUUAGAUGGAACAUGAGUCCGCUAUGAACGGAUGUUAAUCUUGCAUAUCAUAGUCGCGCUUUUUCGACCAAUUGUGAAACACAAGCAUUCGUGUUAAAAACUCAGUUAACCCUUACUCAUUUCGAUUCAGUAUGCUGACUUCAGGUAUAUUUUCACGUCAAAAUGAAUAUUUCAGGUUUAAACAUAUUUGACUACUUCAGCCAUCACAGCAGUUUCAGUUUCGUAGAGGUCGCAAAGAUUCUUUUACAGCCGAUCAGCUCUAAUUUUACCCGGUGCCGUUCAGAGAAAGUUGGUGAAGUUUCUCCUUUAAAGCUCCUCACAAGUAUUAGGAAAAUCAGUCGCGUUAUCCAGUGGAUAGAGAUUUAUCCGAUGGAUAGCGUUAUCCACCUUUUCAACAACUGGGGCCUGGAGUUAAAACCAAGAUACAAUUUUACGUGUAAAGGUGAUAGCUUAAAACUAACAAGCUAUGAACAAAAUUACCCGAAGUGAAGUUUACUUCACAAUUUUGAAUUAACUUGUUUUAUAUCCAUUAUUUGACUUCAUGUCAAACUGCACAAACUCGGGUGAUUACUGAAAAAAUGAAUCAUGCGCACAAGCAUUGCAAUAAUCAUCCUCACCCCUCUCCCCAGAUGACAGAUUCGUUCAGAUCCUGCGCCUGUGGUCACGUGUUUGAGGACAGGAAACAGAUUGGUGGAAAGAGAUUUUCAGGUAGGAAUGUCAUGACGCUGGUUAUAACUGGUUAUUGGUCUCAUUUGCAUAGAGUUAGUGAUAUCGAUAUAGGGAGCUGUAAACACUUGGUGUUCAGACAUAGAGCCCGAGUACCGAACUCGCUCAGCACUAAUGUGAACACGCCCUUUUACGGUAUAUACGCAAGAAUUCGGGCAUGGUGUCAGUGCCGGAGUACUCGGGCACUGUACUGGGCACACGCCUCUGUGUGCACACCUUUCCUCUUAGCUCGGAGGCAAUCUACUGCUUUGUAAACCCAUAACUCCUCUCACGCACACGUUACAAAAUAGCGUUGCAAGUAUUUACGCAGUUACGUAUGAUGGUGUUGCGUACACCCAAGAUGUGAACACAAUAACAUUUUGUGCCAGUAAUUUGAGACACCAGUGCUCGGCCAGAACCAAGUGUGAAGCCGCCUUUAACGAAUCCCAUUUAAACUACCUGUCAAUUCAACGCAGGGGUACUUGCGUACUUGGACAUUGUUGGCCGCCUGUAAGAGGGUCAAAAACGGACUUGAUGUAAAAGCCUGUUUCAACUAAUAAGGUUCUUGUUUUAACAAGAAUCCUUUAGACAACCGCCUUUCCUUCCCAAAAGUAAAGAGUUGCCAUUAGCGACACAUACAGUCGAUUCCCGAUAACUCGAACCCUUGCUAACUCGAACCACGAUCGAUUUCUCCUGGAUUACUGUACUUUUACCCUCGAUGACUCGAACCUUCCUCUAACUCGAAGUAUUUUUUUGUUUCUGUUUAGAUCAUUUCUAUGUAAUUUUGACCUCGAUAACCCUAACUAUGUUUUACACUCGUGACAAGUCGAAAAAAAAAAAAGAGAAACAGUUCAGUACUGCAGGUCCCGGCGAAACAUUGAAUUUAAUUGAAAUUAAAACAAGCAUGUAUUAUUUUGCCUUUACUUUUUUUGUCAGUCCAGUCAAAUGCAGUAUCCAGCCCUGUAUAUUAAUCAAGCUUUGUCAUUUGUGAUUUCGUUUGAUUCCUUUUUCAAAAUACCAGUAUAUCUCUUUCUGCCCUUGAAGUUAAGUGUACAUGGUACUUAUUUUAAUUGCACACCUUGACAAUCGUCAUUUUCUUAUUUUCGGUUAUUGGCUUCCAACUCCCCAUACCGUAUUUAUUCGAAUAAGCGCCCAACCUCGAAUUAGCGCCCACCUCGAAUAAGCGCCCAUCCUAAAGGCAGAAAAAGUUAAUAAGCGCCCAGCCUCGAAUAAGUGCCCCCCCACCACACCUUCCUCCCACUCCCGCUCAAACUCAAAUUAGCGACCACCCCUUAAACUGAAUAAGUACUAAUAAGAGACUUUCCCGAAGACGGAGUUUUCUUCAAAGUAUUUUACAGGAACCUUGCUUUGUUACAUCUUCGCGUUUUGUUAUUACCAUUUAUUGUUUUGUUGCAAAAUACACAUACUACACUUGCUGAAAAUGUUGAAAAUUUAAUAAGCGCCCAGCCUCGAAUAAGCGCCCACCUCGAAUAAGCGCCCACUCUCAAGGUCCAAAAAUUUAAUAAGCGCCCAGGGCGGUUAAUCGAAUAAAUACGGUAACUCCAACUUUUCUCUAUUUCCCCAGAAGGUGCGAGUUAUCGGGAGUCGACUGUAGAUUAGACUACGAGUGAAAUCGCAAACGAGUCAGCACUGACGAAUUUGGAAUUGAAGCUAAAUGCAUCCCCGGAAUAACAACGCUUUUCUUUUGCUGACUAGCAUGCACUCGUGGUCGUACUUAACUCAAUCUCGUUCUGUCACGUAGUCCAAAUCUAAAGCGACGGUCGUCGAAGAUAUUUAUAUACCAUUCCCUUAAAGUAUUGCAAUAUGAUGAAGAUACCAGGAAAUGCUCUUAUAAACCGACUAAAUUAAAAACGCUGUGAAAGCAGCACUUUUCUUUCACUGGCAUAAUUCGUCUCGACAUAAAAGAUUCACGCAUUUUUUGGGUUGUUGUUAAAUUUCAGAAUAUCGGGCAGAGUUAUACACUCGUCUGGAAAACAGAAGAGAAAAACAGUUAAAGCGGAAAAAGAGACUGCAAGCGAAUGAAACAGAAACUGGACCACAACCUCUAAAGGAGCGAAAGGUACGUACAGUGUAGGAAAGCUAGAGAUGCAAUUAGUUCCUACGGACUCUACGGUGCUGUGGCAAUGAGGGAGUUAUCCAUGGCGGGCCCCGUCAAACCUGUGUAGCAGGCGUUCGAAGGACAAAGGAAAGAGAAAAUUAAGUUAGGGCGCAAGUGCACAUGGGGGGCACGCGAGGGAAGGAGAAAGAAGGAAAGUAGGAAUUCCUUUCCCUCUUUUCUUGCGCGUCUAACGUUCCCUACCCUCUACUUUCAAACGACUUCCACACGGGCUUCGCAUCGCUAGUUCAGGGCCACCGAGGAAAAUUUCCUUUUGUCGUAAGAUUUACUUAAAACUGGUGACUCAACUGCUUGAAUACAACACUUGCGGGAAAUCAUUAAAUAGAAAACGACGCCAGCUAUUGAACUGAAGACAAAAUACUAGGAGUUGUGCUGUGAUGGACUGUGACAUUUUUCGGCAUGGAGUGACCGUUCAUGGUCCUAAGCGCUAGGAACUCAUAGUGGAGUCCUGUAGGUGCUUUAUUGUGCAUAAAUAGAAAGGGCUUUGGUAGCGCAGUUUUUCUGUAGCCUAAAAGGACUAUGACACCUUAUUUGCUAUUGCUAAUGUAAUGUCUUUAUCACCUUCAUAACUCUACAGUAUAUAGCAUUCUGGUGACAUGCCCCUCUAAGCGAGCCUUAAAGGAGCUGUGUCACGAAAUUCAGACAAAUUAGGUAAUUACAAAAUGCCCGUUAGAUUAAGAGAAACAUAAAAAUAACCACUUAAAACAUUAGAGGAAGGUUAAAAUAACACAACAGAUACAACAGAUGCCACGGAUGGGCAAAACUGAAGAAGACUGAAACGGAUUGAAAUUAGGGUUUUUGAAAACUGUUCACUGGCCCAACAGUUUUUCAAAGUUGAUCUCUGCUGUUUGCAACUUCAAAUAUAAUGAUCAAGAGACAUAUCUAUUUGUCUCGAAUCUUUGAUUUUUGUCAUUCACAUGUAAUUUCUUUGCUUACAUUAAGUUCCAUAGCGAUUACGGGCGAGCAAUUGGCAAAAUUAAACAAAAUGAACUGGACUGCCGUGACACAGCCCCUUUAAGCUAGCCUUCUCUUUCCCACAGUAAUUUCAUAUUUUCUUGAACGUUGCCUCAUUUUUUCCCCAAUUUAGAUUAAUGUUGAAGACUCCACAGUUCUUCCUUCUGGUUUUGAACCAAAGAACUACACCUUCAGCUCCAAAAAGCAUCACCGUAAAAUAAAGGGCAAAAAGAUUCAUCGGCCGUCACCGAGCCCAAGCACCGUACCACCGGAACUGGUGUCUAGGCUCCCAAGCGCUUUACAGGAAAUUAACCGAAGACUGACAGGACAAAACAUGAUGUGGUGGAUGAUGCAGUUAAAUUAAAAAUAUUGUCGGUCAGCAUGAUAAAUAUAAGAGCUGAUCAGCGGAAGAGCCUUUAUCGCAAUCGUGCAUGAGGAUCUUGUAAAUUCUAUUUAUAGAGGGAAUUUUUAUAUAUGUACAUACACGGUCGUCCAGUCCCGGAAUUUGCCUAGUGCUGCAUGGUCCUUCAGUGAGUUGAUAGUUGUCAUUCGUCAUUCAUUCUAAAAGAGUUGCCACUGAGCAUAAGAGAAUGAGAGGACUUCGUUGCCUAGAUGAAGAUCUCCCGACGUCACAGGUUUAAUGCAUAAUGCAAGUCAGCUAUGAGGAUCGAACAAAGUGAUAAACAGUCAUCUUGAAAUAAUGAUUGUCUACUGACUGUACUGGAAAAAAAAACAGGCAAUGCCGUUUGAGAAGAGUACCGCCUCC